AUGGAAUCGACGAACUGGUUAUUAUCGCUUAUUACACUGUCUUAUACUAAAUCGGUCUUUUACUUAUGCACUUUAAUCUGCAGCUGUGUAACUCUGCUGCUGAUCAGACAGCUGUUGAGACAGAGGAGACCGCGUGGAUUCCCCCCGGGUCCGAGUGCCCUGCCCGUGAUCGGAAACAUCCUGGCACUGGCCACGGAGCCGCACGUUUACAUGAGGAAACAGAGUGAAAUCUACGGGCAGAUCUUUAGCCUCGACCUGGGAGGAAUCUCUACUGUCAUUCUAAAUGGCUACGAUGCCAUUAAAGUAUGCCUGUCCCACCAGAGCGAGGUGUUUGCUGACAGGCCGUCUCUGCCUUUAUUCCAGAAAAUGACCAAAAUGGGAGGACUUCUUAAUUGCAAAUACGGCCGUGCGUGGAUCGAGCACCGCAAGCUGGCUGUUAACAGCUUCCGGUACUUCGGCAGUGGGCAGAUCAUGUUUCAAAGGAUAUCUGAAGAGUGCAUGUUUUUUUUAGACGCAAUCGAUGAGCACAAAGGAAGACCUUUCAACCCCAAACACCUUGUUACCAAUGCAGUGUCCAAUGUUACCAACCUUGUUAUAUUCGGACAGCGGUUCACCUACGAUGACCAGGAUUUCCAGCACAUGAUUGAGAUCUUUAGUGAGAAUGUCGAACUUGCUGCUAGUGCCUGGGCAUUUCUUUAUAAUGCCUUUCCCUGGCUUGAGUACGUGCCUUUUGGCAAGCACCAGAGACUCUUCCACAAUGCCAAAAAGGUAUACGACUUUCUACAACUGAUCAUUGAACGCUUUUCCCAGGGGAGAAUACCACAAUCACCCAGACAUUACAUAGAUGCCUACUUAGAUGAGAUGGAACAAAGCACAAAGGACAAGAGUGUGUCUUUUUCCAAGGAGAACCUGAUUUUUUCAGUGGGAGAACUUAUUAUUGCAGGCACAGAAACCACCACCAAUACCCUGCGCUGGGCCAUGCUCUACUUGGCUCUUUACCCCAGUAUACAAGAUAAGGUACACAAGGAGAUCGACUCCGUCCUGAAUGGCAGACCACCAACCCUUGAGGACAAGCAGAGGAUGCCUUAUGUGGAAGCAGUGCUGCACGAAACUUUGCGCUUUUGCAACAUCGUUCCUCUCGGCAUUUUCCGGGCGACGUCUCAGGAUACCGUGGUGCAUGGGUACACCAUCCCUAAGGGCACUAUGGUCAUCACCAACUUGUAUUCUGUGCACUUUGAUGAGAAGUACUGGAGCAACCCUGGUGUGUUCUGUCCUGAAAGAUUCCUUGACGUCAACGGGAACUUUGUCAAGCUGGAUGCUUUUCUUCCUUUUUCAGUGGGUAGGCGUCAUUGUCUUGGCGAGCAGCUUGCCAGGAUGGAGAUGUUCCUCUUUUUCACAACGUUGCUCCAGAGGUUUUAUCUUCAAUUUCCUAAUGGCAGCAUUCCAACUGUCAGUCCUAAACUGGGUAUGACCCUGCAGCCUCAGCCCUACUCCAUAUGUGCAAUCAGAAGGCAGCAGUAGAAUCCUUUAAGCUUCAAAGACAUUUAACUCGGGAGAUCUUAUUGAGGUCGUCAGCAAAGCAGCCGAGCUACCUUUGUAUUGGGUCAAAUCAGUCAUGUCUGCAGAGUUUUGAACUCUGAGUGUGCUGACUGUGCACAAUUCUUUAAACCUUUAAACAGUUACUCAUACAGAAGGCGAUGAAAGCUGCUAUAAACGAGGACCGUAAAAGCACUGGAUCCAUUCGUUUUUCCAAUGCAUAUGAGCUUGAGAAAGUUGUGCUCUGUGACUCAUGUGUAUUUCGUAAGCUGAAUUGACCAACAAUGUGAGGGAAGUCAAUAUAUGUCAAUAAUUGACAGUGUGUCUCUCGAGCGGUUUUACAUUCCUCGAAAACACAUGGUUCUCUCAUUCCUGUGUCAGCUGAAGCAACAGGAGAGCAGCUGCCCUUCCCAGAAAGCUUUGCACGUGCCGCACGUCUACCACUGGAUCAGGGCCAUGUAGCAGCACUGAACUCAUACUGACAUGGUUUAUCUCAGUGGAAUCCGAGAUUGCCGUCUAGGGCUUAGGUCCUCAGCUAUUUCUACAUUUCUGGUGCUGUUGCUGUAUUUGCUACUUUGAUAAUGUAUGUGCUUUAUAGGUGAUAUGAACUUUGUACUAAUUUGCAUUUUAUAUACCCGAUACUGUAAAAUAACUGCAAAA